AUGAAUAAAGUUACCGUUAUAUUGGCUAUAGUUUGUCUUUCGACUGCUGCGGCACUACCAGAGCAGCAGAGGAUCGCAGGUGGAGCAGUAGCCACACUUGCUCAGCACCCUUACACAGCUGCUGUUUUAUAUGCAAGCAACAAUGUGAACUUUCUUCCAAUCUGCGGGGGUGCAAUCAUAAACAACAGAUCUAUUUUGACAGCUAUAUAUUGUUGGUCUAAAACCGGUGUUCACUCAAAUCAAUUCCGUGCUCGGACCGGCUCAGUUAACUCGACCAGUGGUGGCGUCCUUCACAACAUCGCUCAAAUUAUAUCCCAUCCAAAUUAUAAUUCAUGGAACCAUGACAACAACAUCGGUAUACUCAGAGUGUCCACAAUUAUUGCAUUUAGUACCAGCGUCCGCCCUGUACCUAUCGCCGGGUCAAAUUACAACUUGGCUGACUAUCAAUUUGUCUGGGCUAUUGGAUGGGGCCGCACGACUGUUAACUCAGUAGUAUCCGAACAACUCCGCCGUGUUGAGAUCAGGACAAUAAAUCAAGGCAGAUGUUCAGAAAUUUACGGCGUCAGCUUCGUAACACCUAAUAUGAUUUGCGCUGGCUGGCCGACUACUGGACGGGGUUCAUGCGUCGCUGACACCGGAUCACCCCUCCUUCACAACAAUGUAGCAGUGGGAGUUACAUCCUUUAGUAUUGGCUGUGGUGACGUUAAUUUCCCACCUAUCUACACAAGAAUUUCCAGAUACACCACCUGGAUUCAAGCCAAUGCUUAA